CACAUGCUUCUGCCUGGGCUCUUAGGUUUGCCAGGAAGAGCAAGGUUUUUACGUUACAACUGCAACAGCCAAAGCAAAUAUCACCAUGGCAGUCGAAGUGUUCCAGAAGGCGACAUUCUCUUCUGUGUAUCAAAAAUAUAUGAUCCCGGUCUCCAACGAAAUCUGUAAUAUGAUUCUAUCCUACAUGAAGGCAAAAACAAAUGAGCAGCCCCUUGGAAUGCUGGUGGAUGUUGGCUGUGGGACUGGACGCUACAUUUUACCUCUAGCUCCUCACUUCGAGAAGGUCCUGGGAAUAGACAUUAGUGAAUCCCAAAUAAAUUUGGCUAAACAAAGUACAUCCGCAAACAAUGUGUCAUACAUGGUGGCUUCAGCGGAGAACUUACCUGUGAAGAAUGACUCUGUGGACCUGGUGCAUGCCGGACUUGCUGCACAUUUUUUUACAAUAGAUACGUUUCUCAGUGAGGCAUUUCGACCACUGAGAUUGAAUACAAGGAUUUGUCACGUGAUCUGA